AUGAAAUCACCAAUGGUAAUGUUUUACGGUGGAAAUGAUCCUAUAUCUACAGCCAAAGAUUCUGCUGAAAUUAUAAAAAGGAUGGAAUUAAUUCAACAGUCAGGAUAUCAAGCAGAACAACACAAUGUCACGACAAAUGAUGGAUAUAUUUUAAAUAUAUUUAGAAUACCACGGAGUCCAUCAAAAUUUACUAACGAAACUGUCGAAAAACCAUUUCGAAAAAUCAUAUUUAUGCUCAGUGGAAUUGCAACUUCAUCAAACAUGUGGGUAUUCACUGGAUCAAAUAUAAGCUUGGCAAUGCAACUAGCUGAUGAAGGAUACGAAAUUUGGCUGGGAAAUUAUCGUGGCUCAACUUAUGGACGUAAUCAUAUUAAAUUGUCUCCAAAUGACAAAAAAUUUUGGGACUUUAGUUUUCACGAACAUGGAUAUUAUGAUGUUCCUGCAAGUAUUGAUUAUAUUCUCAACAUAACAAAUCAAAGCUCAUUGAUAUACAUUGGAUAUUCAAUGGGAACAACAAGUGUCUUUAUAACUCUAUCAGAACAUCCAGAGUAUAAUUCUAAAAUUCAGCUAGUCAUAAAUUUAAGUCCUGUUGCUGGUUUCUUCAACAAACCUGACAUGGAUUUAUCAUCGCUUCCAUUAUAUACCAUGUUUUUUUUGCAAAUGGUUGAAAAGUUUUUAAAAUAUUGUCCUGCUGGUGUGACAGGAAAAACUUUUAUACAUUAUGCUCAAUUUGCAGUACAAAAACAUGGUUUUCGAAAAUUUGAUUAUGAAAAUAGCGAUGAAAAUAUAAAACGUUAUGGUAAAUCAAAACCACCAAAAUACAAUUUAAAAAACGUAAAAUCACCUAUGUUGAUUUUUCACGGCGAGAAUGAUCCUGUAUCGACAGCCAAAGAUACUGAAGAAAUUAUAAAAAGAGUAUCAAGUAAAGUCAUUGCUAUAUCAGUGCCUUUUGAUUAUUUCACUCAUUUAGAUUUUAUAAUGGCUAAAAAUUUAAAAAAUUUAGUAAAUAAUCAACUGAUUAAGCAGCUUGAUCAAUUUACAAAAGAAAAUAUUUUUUAA